CACACGCGACCUUUCGAAGCAAUAAUAAAACAUAUACAGCUAAUCUUUUUUGACAGAAGCGUACAGAAGAUAAAAAUGUUAUUUGUUAAUAAUUUUUUUGUAAAUAUUUGUUAAAUGAGCAAUUGUAGAAUGUGAUCAUUAUGGGAGGGUGCAUAGGAAUAACUAGAAGUGGUAGCGGGCCUAUAGAGGAGUCUUCAGCUACCGUGUCUCGGCCUAAUUCAGGCGGGCUGAGGAAGAAUCAGUCGUUGUGCCACGAGACCAUAAGAUGGAAAUCGGACGUGCCAUUGACAGAAGGACAGUUACGUAGCAAAAGAGAUGAGUUUUGGGACACAGCGCCGGCGUUCGAAGGACGCAAGGAGAUUUGGGACGCGCUGCGGGCGGCCGCCGUCGCUGCAGAGGCGAUGGACUUCCAGCUCGCUCAAGCAAUACUUGACGGCGCCAGUGUUUCAGUGCCCAAUGGCUACCUCACUGAGUGCUAUGAUGAAUGGGGCACAAGAUACCAGGUUCCAAUAUACUGUUUGUCGCCACCCAUUAAUAUGGUGAAGGAGGCGAGUGGCAGAGACUCGCCAGCGGAAUGGUCAGAGCCAGUGGAGGGUGGCACGGAGGUGUCUCUCCGUCUGCGGCUCUCCAACACUUGCAAGGAUGUGGACCUGGCUGUCUACUCCCGACACACUAUAUCACAGUGCAAAAAUAAAUUACAUGCUCAAGAGAACAUCGAACCGUGGCGGCAGCGCUGGUUCUACGGCGGCAAGCUCCUCGGCGACCGGCUGCUGGUGGAAGAAGCCAAGAUCACGCCGGGGUACGUGGUGCAGGUCAUAGUCAGCACCGACCCGCAGCCGCCGAGCUAGUCGCCCGCGCCCCGCCCCGCCCUCUCACCCACACCCGCGUCUUUGUGGUACUUUGCAUUUAUUUUUAAAACAUAUUUCUUUUUAUAUUUUACGGUUUCUUUACUUAUGAAAUUGCCGUUAAAUAUCCCAAUGGCGACGCAAUGCUAACCAUUAAACAAUUUAAAAAUGUAGUUACGUAAUUUGAAAUUGGAAUACUUAGCAAAAAUGUUUGAUAAUAGCUAUGGAAAAACGGCAGUUUCAUAGAUAAAGUACGAAUUAUUUGGAUGGCGACGACCAAGCACAUCGCGCGGUCUUACGAGGCGACAAUGUAUAGAAAAGAAGAGAUUCUCUAUGUUUUACCUUAGUUUGUGAGCGUGACACCUGCGCUACUUAUAGUAUAUUCCUAUAUUAUUGAUGUUCGUCUAUUUAUUUUUAUAGUUUGUAGUUUAGCCAGACAUGUAUGCGCUUUGUGUGUGAUGAAUCGUAGACAGCACAAGCGAUGGCGCCCUACGCUAUGUCCCAUCUUAUAUUCUAGUAGCGGUUGAUAUAACACUACACCUGCGUUAAGACAACUUGAUAAACGCAAAAUUAUUAACAUUAUGGCAACAUUCAUCAAGGUGAAAUGGGUGUUAAAAUUUUACUGUAAUAAAACACUUUAAUUUUUAAAAGAUUUUGCUCAUAAACCUAUUAUCUUGGCAAGCCUCCAAGCCAUUAAAUCGCCCAGUGAAAACAAUUGAGCAAAAUAGCACAAAGACGCUUCAGUGAAGGUACAGAGCAACAUAAUCCACGUAAUAAAUUAAUUCUAAAGUAACGUAACACGUGUAGGUUAUACUUGUAACCGAUUUGUACGACACUAGCCCCCAGUCUGUACAAUAAUGUAUAUUCCAUAUACUGAGAAAGCAGUUUACUAUUACCUUACUAUCUCAGUCCUUACAAAAAAUAGCCAGUCUAUAUGCCAUGUAACCAGAAAGGUAUGAAUGCAUUAAUGUACAGACUAGAGCCAAUAUAAAGUUCUAAAACAUAUGUAUAUUGUGCGCUCGUCAUAGUACAGCGCGUAGGUCAUUUCUAGUGAAACGCUUCUAUUGGGUGUCGCCGCGAUACGUUCAAAAUGUCGUCACUUUGACCGUACGUACAACAUGGAGUAUAUAAACGCAUUUGUUUGAUAUCUAGUAUACGACAAAGCCACUACACAUUAUUCUCUCAACAUACUGCUACGUGUUGUACGGACGAUCUCCAAGAAUUUAUAAUUUGUACAAGAUUCUUAUAGAAUUGUUUAUAUUUAUAUAAAAAGCCCCAAUUGUAGUGGUUUAUAUAUUAUAUUGUAUAUGUAUAUCGGAGUGAGAACAAUACGUUAAGGCUGUAUGAUGGUUGACGAUACGCUGACACGACCAGAUUUUUUAUUAUAGCAUGUAUCAAGGGAAAUUAGAUAAUAGUGAAUAUUUUGUUUGUUUAAAAUUGUCUGCAAUACAUUUGUUUAUGCGAUGGAAUUACACAAGUUUAUCAGUAAACAAUUAAUACAUAAGAUUCUGUGUCUGAAAAGUUACUGCAUACAUAAUGUGCUGUACAAUAUUCAUGCUCACACAAUGCUUUAAAUUGGCGACCACGCAACAUCUCAUUUAUUUAUUGAGUAAAUAACAGUGGCAUCCCACCUUGUAGAGUUGGGUCGCGGCACUAAUACAGCAUCAGAUCAUUAUACUAUAAUACUUCUUAUGUAUAAAUCACUCGGCAUUCAUAGAGAGUGAAACGUCGUGGGAUGUCCGGUCGACAUUUAUUUAUAAAUUUCUUUAUUUAUAUUUAAACGAGUAGAAGAUUUUUUAUUUAGUAAGAAGCUAAUUUACCUGAUUUUUUUCUUAUUUUUAUUUGUUAAUUUUAUUUCACCGUCCUUGUUUUUUAGCAGAACCAAAUGCUGGCAAAGAUUUCCCAAGAUUUUAUUGAAAUAUAAAUGAUUAUUAGUGGCCCCAUGAGUCGUCGAUGUUAAGGAUAAACUUGACCAAUUAAAAUUGAUUAGCUGUAGACUUGUGAGCAUAACAUAUAUCGUAAUACAUAACAUUUGAACGCAAGUAUUAAAUCUGCCAUUACAUAAAGCGACUGCCAUCUAAUGUGAUGUAAGAGUUUACUUUAUAUACAUACUUACUCAAUUAUUAUGAUAUUACAUAAUAUUAUAUUGUUUAUUUUGAAUAUUUUAAUCGAAACGCUAGAUGUUAAUUUUGCAUUCAAAUAGUUGGUGGUGUGCUUGAACUGAUCGAGGUUGCAGGAGGCAAUAUUAUAUCUAUAAAAGGGAGACGAGAAGACAGAAAAGGGUUGAAUUGAUAUAGGUACUAGAAUAAUUUUCUGAUAUCUAUUCAUCUCUCUUCUGUAUGUUAUGUAGUCUCCAUCUUCUCUUUGCCUCUCAUAUCAGACGCUGCCUCCGUUUGUUACAGUUAGUACGCAAACAAUUGGGUAUUUAUUAGAGCUGCUAUGUAAUCGUCCUCGGUACACAAGUACGUACUAUUAGCGCAUACCCGUACUGUACUAUAUUAGUGUUAGAUUUUGCACACGAGUUAAUCAAGCAAAAUUAUAAUGUUGUUAGUGAUUCAAACGUAUUCUUAUUGGAUGAAAUUAUUAUUGUAAGUCUCGAUUUAAAUUAUAUUUUGUUGUGAUUGGAGAGAAUGGAACGUGUAGGGAACUAAUUUUGUCUCACUUCUGUAAUGUGUGCGUUGUGAUUACUUUCCUCGAGAUACAAGUUAUUCUCUGUUCGAUGUUUCCCGUCUCGUUGCAAAAUAAUCACAAUGUAAACGACAUAAAACAUAUUUUAGAGUAAAAAUAAAUUCGUUUUUUAUGCUGUAAUAAUAAUAUUGAUAUUAAAUAGCCUUAAAAUGUAAUAGUUGGACUCGGAUUGAUAUUAUAGGAUACUAAAUUAUGUACGUAUCACUGUGGUACAUAAACAAACAAAUAUAUGUAGUGAAUGAAUAAUCUCAGUACCUUGUGUUUCUACAUAAGCAUAGUUUCUCAAAGUAAGCCUGUUUUAUAAGCGCUGUACAUGUUUUCACCUAAUGGCCUAAUGCCGCUACACUGACAAUAUUCUCACACAUAUCGAUUCUACUACUACUAAGCGAUUUCAUUUAUAUCGAUAUCAUAUUCGUCCCCACACUAGUAUCGAUAUUAAAACUUGUAGGUUAUCGAUAUUCGGAUAUUGUUUUAAAUUCGUAGUGAUACAGCCUCAGCAGCAUUUAUUUGUAAAUCGGAAUAGGUCGAUGUUAUAAUUUUUGUUUAUUUUUUUUAUCGAAAUUAUGAAUAUAGGUUAUAGAUAUAUUAAUGUGUUGGCAGUUGCAAUUUAAAUGGUUUGUUGAAGAAUCCGUGUAUUGAAAAUCACCUAGAAUAAGUCUCUAGUUUAUUUGAAUCCUGUACCCUUAGUACGAGUGUGCUUUACGUUUAAAGUAAUCGAAACGAGAGCGCAUUCAACGCUCUGAUUGGUUGGUUCAUUCGCGCCGGCCAAUCAGACCGCCGAACACGCUCUCGUUUCGUUUUCGUUAAACGUAAAGCAAACUCGUACUAAGGGUACUGAACUAGGAUCAUAAAGUUACUUUUUUAUGUUUUCAAGUUAAUUCAUCAUUUAAAUUGCAAGUGCUAAAAAUGAACGUUAUAUUUCUAAAUUGUAAUAAGAUGAUUAUAACAUUUUAGUACUAACUUAUUAGGUUAGUUUUAGUAUUUAUACAUAAUUAUUUAAUAGAUAAAUUGGGAAGAGGCUCGAGAUAUUAUUUAGUUGGACGAUGGUGACUCUGCAAAUGUAUCUAAUGAGAAUUAAUUACCAGAAUAAAUCUCCUUCGGAAAUAAAUAAAUGAAAUUGAAAUACAAUAUUAACUUUGAUAUUAAAAUAGUGAAUGUUGCAGAGUCACCAUUGUCGGCUUAUCAUAUGAUAUUAUAUGUACCUACAUCUCCAGAUACAUUAUAGAAUUAUCUAACAAUACAUUGAUGUACUUGUGCACGCUAAACUCUACUCUGUGUAAAGGUACUAAUGUCGACAAUACGUUGACUUGUUACGUGCGAUCUAAGGCUCGAACUGGAUCCAACCUGCACGGUUGAUCCCGACACAAGUCCGCCUAACCACAACUAUCUGAAACCUGUGUCACGCCUGUAGUUCACGCCUUAUCACGCAAGAGACUGAAAUUGCCAGUGAAAAAAAGUAUUUGUUAUCUGUGAACAAUUUCUCCUGUGUUACCAACAUAUUUAAACAUUAGUGUUGCCUCACUUAUAGAUUUUCAGUUAUAUUUAGGUUACAACAGUCGGCCAUAGCUAGAUGUACACAAUAGUCGUAUUACGGUCUAAACAAGUUUGAUUUCGGACUAAGGAAUUAUGUAUGGUGCUACCAUUUAGUUUUCGUUGAAGGACUUAUUUCGUACUGGACGUAUGUUACUGGAACGCUCAUAGCUCAUAGUUUAUGAUGGUAUCGUCACGGAAUAAGUUCGCCAUAAUAGUUUUCUCUUAUGUCUAACAGAUACGGGUAAUGUCCAAAAUUGUAAACUUUAUUCAAAUGUCAUACUCACAUCUUUACGUUUCUCUAUAUUUACGAGCACUUAUUUGUUAAGUCGAUGUGCAGUCAGCGCCAUAUUUAUUAUUUUUGUUGUUGACUGUAGCUGCUCCCUGUACCUUAAGCAAUAAAAUUUAUUUACGUACGCAAGAUGAAACAUUUAUUUGAAGAUAUUAUAUGUAUAUUGUCCUCAGCGAGUAGCGAGGAACUUGAUAUUGUAGUUAUUACUAUGUACCUUUAGACGUGCGGUGUGACGUCACACUGCUCCGCUCAAUGUUACUGAAUAUUAUAAAAUUGGUGUAUUCUUAGUUUACUGUCAAUGUUAUUAAUUUGUAAUCGACCUAAUUACGCUGUAUUUGUACCUAGAUUCUGAUUAUUUAAUACAUUUCUUUAGGGUCUUGUUCCGAUUCAAACAUUUAUGUCGGGAAUUUUUUAAUUAGACUUGUCUAAAGUGUUAUUAUAUUCAUCAGUUGCCCCGUCCCGGGGUGAUGCUGUAACAUAUAGUAUGUUAGAAGCACAAUAUAUCGAUGUGGGUUGACGAGACCGCAGUUUGGAUCAUGCCUGUAUGUAGAUAGAUAGAUUUAUAUGAAAUAACAAAUUCACUGCGUGUAUCGUAAGGCUAUAUUCAUCUUGUAUAUUAUGAAGGAGCGCCGGCGCAGUCGGCUCGACGCAACACAUCUGCGAUUUGUCUACACACAGUUUUGUACAUAAACAGUUUUUCAGUGUGUAAGCAAUAUUAGCAUUUUAAAUUUUCAAAUAAAAACACUUUGUGAAUAACAUUA